CCACUGGAAGUUCACUAGUGUCCCGGGCCGAUAGCAAGCGCAGAGAUCCGCCGUGGGGCGGACGAGAGUAAUGGCGCGACAAUGAAUGGUUGCGAGGGCGAUUGGGGAGAAGACGGCGGUGGAUCGGAGCGGCGCCUUAGUCAGAAAGACAUCAUGAUCGCUUCCACCUGCACUUAGGAGUCCGUUCCGCGUCAACCUGCACUUAACGGUAUAGCUUCGGCUCUGGAAAAAAUAUUCAGUCACAAUCCUCUUGCUGGUGAGCCGGAUCGGUGAAGCAUUCCAGGCGCUGCUGCUUUUCUCCCGUCCGUGGACUCGUCCUUCUUAUACCGCGUCCCUCCCACUUUCUCUCCGUCCGCUCUUUCUUAUCUUAUACUUCAGAUAUCCCGUCCCUCUUCCUAUCACUGCCUCCCAUCCAUCCCUCCCUUUCUUUCUCCCACCCAUCCACCCACUUACUACAUCGAUUGCCCCUCCUUUCUUUCAUCAUGGCGUCUAACGGUACCAAUGGAACCAACGGUGUCAACGGUGUGAACGGUGUUAGCACGUACCAUGCUGCCACCACCCAGGAGGCCAUCCAGGCCGAGAAGGAAUUCGCUGCUCACAACUACCACCCGCUCCCUGUCGUCUUUGCUCGCGCACAGGGUACCACAGUCUGGGAUCCGGAGGGCCGCCAAUACCUCGAUUUCCUGUCCGCAUACUCGGCUGUUAACCAGGGUCACUGCCACCCCAAGCUGGUGGCUGCUCUCGUCGACCAGGCCUCUCGGUUGACCCUCAGUUCCCGUGCCUUCUACAACGAUGUCUUCCCCCGCUUCGCUGAAUUUGUGACCAAGUACUUUGGCUUCGACAUGGUCUUGCCCAUGAACACGGGUGCGGAGGCUGUCGAGACCGGCAUCAAGAUCGCCCGUAAGUGGGGUUAUAAGGUCAAGGGGAUCCCGGAGAACCAAGCGCUGGUUCUGAGUGCGGAGAACAACUUCCACGGACGCACGUUCGCUGCAAUCUCCCUCUCUUCGGACCCCGAAUCACGCGAGAACUAUGGCCCUUACUUGCCCGGUAUCGGCUGCACCAUUCCCGGAACGGAUAAGCCUAUCACAUACAAUGAUAAGGCGGCUUUGCGGGAAGCCUUCGAGAAGGCGGGGCCUAGUCUGGCCGCGUUCCUGGUGGAGCCCAUUCAGGGCGAGGCAGGUAUCGUGGUUCCUGACGAGGAUUAUCUGCAGGAGGCCAGAGCCCUGUGUGACAAGCAUAACGUACUGCUGAUCUGUGAUGAGAUCCAGACCGGUAUUGCCCGUACUGGCAAGUUGCUCUGCCACGAGUGGAGCGGGAUCAAGCCCGACAUGGUGCUGCUGGGUAAGGCCAUCUCCGGUGGCAUGUACCCCGUCUCCGCCGUCCUGGGUCGGAAGGACGUUAUGCUCACCAUCGAGCCGGGCACUCACGGUUCGACCUAUGGCGGUAACCCGCUAGCCUGCGCGGUCGCUAUCCGAGCGCUCGAGGUCGUCCAGGAGGAGCACAUGGUUGAGCGCGCCGAAAAGCUCGGUCACGUUUUCCGCGACGGUCUGCAGGCCAUUGGAAGCCCCGUCAUCCAGACGGUGCGCGGCAAGGGUCUGCUCAACGCCAUCGUCAUUGACGAGUCCAAGACCAACGGGCACUCUGCGUGGGACCUUUGCAUGCUGCUCAAGUCCAAGGGUUUGUUGGCCAAGCCAACUCACGAGAACAUCAUCCGUUUGGCGCCGCCCUUGGUGAUCACCGAUGACGAGAUCCAGAAGGCCUUGGACAUCAUCAAGGAGGCCGUCACCGAGCUCCCGAACCUCACCGGCGCGACCGAGAAGGAGGUUGUUCCUCCGCCUGAGAAGAAGGUCAAGGUCACCCUCGAGAAUUAGAGGCAAGGCAUAUUGGGGAGGAUUGAUGGGAUCCCAAUGAAAAGCGCACUGGGAUGAACGGUACAUUGACGCGACUGCGACAGUGUGGACAUCGUCAGCAUCUGAGUAGGGCUGUUCCGACCCGGAACGAUGGCUUGCCGUGUUAACGACAGGACUCAUAUGUGCAGGCAUGUUUGACCCAUCUUUAUGGGCGAUUCAUGAUCUGGAGCUCAAGCAUGAGCGAUGCGGUUGCAUGCCGUCUAUGCCACCUCGAUGAGAUGCCCCGAUUUCGUAGCGCCCUGUUGAAGCGAAUGAGCCCUUCGUGGGUAAUAAUUCAUGAUCAUGUUUGAUGACAAUAGGAAUAAAUUUAGCUAGAGAAUUCAAAGUGAAAGUUUUGGUCUUA